AUGUGGGCUGAUUUCUUCAAAUUCCGCAGUGGUCUACGUAUGCUCAACUUGAAGUCUGGCAAGUCUGAGUCGAUCACCAUCACCAACGAGAAGGGUCGUCUCUCCAAGGAAGACGUUGAGCGCAUGGUCCGCGAGGCUGAGGAGUUCGCCUCCGAGGAUGAGUCCAACCGCCGCCGCAAUGAGGCCCUCAACUCGCUCUCGUCGUUCGUCUAUGGCCUCAAGUCCCAACUCGCUGACCAGUCCGGGCUUGGUGGCAAGCUCGAGGAUGACAACAAGAAGGCGCUCCUCGACGCGAUCAAGGACACAACUGAUUGGAUAGACGAGUACGGCCAGAUGGCCAGCACUGAGGAUCUCGAGGAGAAGCUCAGCGAGGUCCAGAGCAUCGUCUCGCCCAUCACGAGCAAGCUCUACGCUGGCGGCGAGUCCUCCUCGGGCAACGCUGACGACGACGACUAUUACGGUCAUGACGAGCUGUAGAGAGUUUAUUUUGAUGGGCAUGAUACGUGCAAACUACACUGUACUGUUUGGGCACGCUUAAAAUAGAGCUAGCUAUAUAGUCAAUCAGAAAUUUCUUUAAAUCUCU